AUGAACGACUCAUUCCACUACUUUCCCAAGCUGCCUCUAGAACUACGCCGUCUCAUCUGGAAGCACUGUUUACCGCAUCGUAUAGCAGAAGAAGAUGUCCCCUACUUUCUUCUUGACGGCAACGAAGGCAAUCAAUCCUGCCACGCCCAGCAAAUAACCCUCGAAAACGCUCAGCCGCCGGCCAUCGCAUUCGUCAAUAGCGAGGCUCGGCAAGUUGCCUUGGAACAGGGACGCAGGCUAGAACCGCAAGAGACGACUAGCCUGGAGUCAAUAUGGGUGCAGCCGCGCCGGGAUAUACUGCAUCUUAACUGGGCCCGAUUACUCUACAAUACCUGGGGAAAUGCUGGCGACCCUGACAGUCCAAUCACCAUGUUCCUGUGGCGGGCGGCGGAUCUUGGAAUGCAGCCUUCUGUCGUGGCAGAUGUUAUUCACCCUUUCAACUUCGAGGGACUGUUAACCGGUUCUGAUGGUGCUAAUGCGUCCGAUGACCCGUGGCUUCUCUAUCACGACACAAAAAAUAAGGACGCGGCCGCCAUUGCGUAUUGUGGCUUGAGUCAAAGCUGUCUACAUGUGACUAUGGCUGCGGUUUCCGUGCAUAUCACUAGGGAAGUGGCCCUGCAGUCUGGCAUGGUUGGUUUGUUGGGCGAUGCGCCUGUUCAGAUGGUUGAUGUUGGCGAUGAGGCUCGGUUGAGGGAAUUUCAAGGAUUAUUCAAAGAACACGCAUUAGAAAGGGAACCAGCCGUGCAAACGCUCUUCGAGACGUUUUCAAGUUGUCGAUUCCAAAUAGCCGUGGAAAAAUGGAAAAGAGAAGCUGAAUGGACCAUCUUCGCAUACAUGUGGCAGUCGGCACGAAGGGAAAACCUCGACAUUCUUGGAACGAACCCGGGCUCCGCUUGGCUACCUCGCCUGACGGAGCGAGAGUUCAUCCGUAUGUCUCAGUAUUCGCCGAAUAAAAAGCAUCCUCUGUGUGCUGAUGCCGGUCCUAGUCCAGGCAACUGGACCCACAUCCACCAUCUGCGCAAUCUCGAGAACUGUGAUCAAACUGUUUUCUUUAGUUUAAGCAUCCAAAACUCCAUCUCCGAGAGCAACAUGCUCACCAUCCGGGCCUGCACGGCCAGCCAAGGUCAGACGUACCAGGCUGUCGUCUCCCCAAGUGUGCCACAGCAGCAAAGCCAACACAACCUCGUUGUUGCUGAAGGUUGCGGCGCCAAGGAGAUCAAGGCAGCUUUCACUCCCCAAGUAGCCCAUUCGAUGCUUAGCAAGGCGUCCGGCGCGACUCCGCAUUCUGCUCAUGCGACGGAGGCUAUUCGUCAACUUGGAUUGUUCGUCGGCAGAAGUGCCGAGUGUGGCACCACCAUCUUGUUUGCCAAACAUAAGUCUGGUGUACUGGCCCUGUAUUCGGUCGCACAAAUCAUCAAGCAUACUGCGCGAGACUUUCUUGGUUAUUUUGCGGAAAAGCGAGGAUCUAUCCUGCAGGCUUGCCAGCCUGGUGCUGCAGCUCUGACUGUUGGAGUGGUCUCUGUUGGGUUUGUUGAUCUGCCAGCGGCUCAAGAUACCAUCAAAAGCUGGAACAAUGGUUUCUGCCUUGAUAAGACCAUUCCCACUACUGCCAUCAGCUUGGACGUCCUCGUAUCUACAGUGGAUAAGAGGUCCAACGCCACUGUAUCUUCCAUGCCAAUACGAGCGCCAGACAGCCACGAGCCUUUCUCCCAAGAGGAGAUUGAAGAACGGAGGAAGUCCAUGCAGAACGACGGCAACUACUCUAUCGUCAAGUCGUACAUUGACAAAGAGUCCGACUCCACUAUCAUCAUGAUCAAGGGCCUCAGCUUUGGUGGUUCGACUGACUGGGCUAUUGACCUUCACGAGUAUUCCCACAAUGAGGAUGGGGAUGACAGCGACGAUAAAGCCGGCGAGGACAAUCUCACCUGCCGGUCGGAUACUAACCCGGGGACCCUGGAUGGGCUCAUUGAUAAAGCGGACUCUCUGGACGCAGGUUGUGUCCAUCUCUUUGCGAUGGAUAUUCUAUACGAGCAGCUUCUCGACAGCUUGUCUUUGUUCAAAGCCAACUCGAAAGAUUACGAUGACAAGUUCCGCUGGUAUGAGGAGUGGACCAAGGACCAGAUCCAACCACGCCUCGACGACUUCAUGAAGCCCGGUGAUGACAAAGGUCUUCAGUAUUUCGACUGUUACUGGUCGUAUACUGGCAGAAAGGGCUUCUUUGACGCCCUUGGGGCUGAGACUGGCAUCGACGAGUAG